AUGGUGACUCGCAGCUCGCUGGAGCUGAUGCUCGAUAAAUUGCAGCAGCUGGAGGAACAGCCGGCCGACAUUCCCCCGCCGCUCCCCGUUAGGCCCGUCUCCAGGGCCCGCCCAGCCCGCCUGCCGCGGCCGCUGCAACCAAGUGUUAAUCGCUCUCUGGAAAAGACUCGAGAAUGUGAAGAAAGAGGAAUACGCAAGAUCCAGAAAUGGUAUCGCGGCCACCAAGUUCGUUGCUGCUAUAGGGAGUUGACAAGGGGAGUCGUCGCCCUGCAAUCGUUUAUCCGAGGCCAAAAUGCAAGAAGGGGAUACCAACAAAGAUGCAGACUUCUUACUGCUAUUAUCAUAAUACAGAAACAAGGCAGAAAGUAUCUUGAGCAUCAAGCCGCAGCACUCGCACACUUGCAAUCUGGCGAUGGAAUGCAUCCCGAUCAAAUCAAACGGCGGCGAGCGGGGGAGAACACCAAGGAUCAAAAAGGAGUUCCGUAUACAUCUCUGGUUGAUCUGCAAAAGCGAGUGGUGCGAGCAGAGGCGAAGCUCAGGGCGAAGAAAGAGGAAAACGCGGCGUUGAAGACAAAACUGUUGGAAAUGGAGAAGAAAUGGCAGCAGCGCGAGGAGAGGAUGACAUCCAUGGAAAAGGAAUGGCAGGAUCAGUUAACACAUAUACAAGAAUGCCUAGCUGCAGCUAAGAAGAAUCGCACUCCUCAAAUCAGAUUUUCCAAUCGAUUCCAAAAUCCGGAUAAUAUUCCGACGAAUUCCAAUAAUAGUGAUGCAGAUGAAGACGACGGAGUUUGCAUAAAACUCGGGCCUCAAGAGGGGCUUCGGAAACUGAGGCUCAGAUUUAAGGAAUGGAAGAAAGAUUACAAGAAUAAGCUAAGGGAUGCACAAUCAACCUUGAAGAAGCUCGGAAAUACACACUCUCACAAGAAUUGGUGGGGAAGAUUAUCCAACUAAUUAACACAAUCACCAUUUAAUUAUUCCAACACUUUUUUUCUAUGCUUUUGUGCAUCACUACAUGCUUGCAAAACUGUAACUACGUCAUUUUAUCCAACAAAAUAUUAUUUUAAAUACAAGAUAUCGUAUAGUUUCAUCAA